AUGAAUUCGAAGAUAUUGGAGGUGCUGAACCUGAUCGACGAGAAGUCGUUCAAGAAAUGCGAAAAGGUAAUAGCAGCUGGGCUGAAGUCAAAGAAGAACGAGAAACUGUACCUUCUGUUGAAAUGUCUUCUCCAUUCACACGUGAACGAGAUAGACGAGUGUAAACAGAUUUUGGAAACACUAGAAGUAGAUGACUCCGAUGAAAAUGUGUUUUAUAUAUUAAGAACCAUAUACACAAAUUUGAAUGAGGGUGGAAAGUUAAUCCAUUUGUAUGAGGAGAAAAUAAAGAAGGCAGAAUCGGGUAAGAAGGGCCUGAGCAUCAUCAAUGGAAGCAUCGGUAACGUUGGCAGUGCCAGCAGCAACAGCCUCAGUACAUUGGUGAACAAUAACAAUUUGAGAGUUGCGCAAAAAGAAAAAGUGGACGUGGAGAUGAUUAUAAGGAACCUUUUGGAUUAUUGCCUAAAUACGAGUUUUUUCAAAAAAGGAAGUAAUUUGUCCUUAAAAUUGUAUAAGCAGACAAAUGAUUCAAAGUAUCUCCUGUACAAUAGCUACCUCAUCUACAUGAACAACUCGAACAACAACGCACUAGUCUACAACUUGGCACUCAGCUUUUUAAAAAAUUAUAAAUGUUACAGUAACAAUAAAGUCACAGAGAAUUUUUCUUUUUUUUUAGUGUUUUUUUUUAUUAACAUAAAAUUGAGAAAUUAUGAAGAGUGCAUGAAGAUAUUGGAAUACGCCAAGAGCAAUAAUUUUUUUCUCAACCCAUUACAGUACCAGGUGUACAAAUUGUACAUACAAUUUAUUUUCAACAAGCUAGAGAAUUGUAUUGACAUUUUAAAAGGACUAAUAAAGGAGCUCCCAGAAAACAGCGACUACUACAUCCUCUACAUUGACCUCAUCAUUUAUUUGCUAAGCAAACAUAACCCAGAUAUGAAGGUUGAGAAUAUUUUUAAUCUGUACAAAAACGAUUUGAUGUACUUGGAAUUUUUUCAAAAAUGUUUCAUACACAUGUGUGUUCAGAAAGUUAAGGCAUUCCCCGAGAAUAUUUGUACCUUUUGGAAUUGCAUAGAAAAGGAGGGGGGACAUGGGUCUGGGGGUUCCCACAGCUACUACAAAGAGGUGAUGAAUUUUGUUCUUUCUAUAGACCAGAUGAGUAUCAGCACGAGGAACCAGGUGGGAAGUGGACAAAACGAGAUGGAAGGUAGUUGUGCAGAUGGGGACAGUGGCCCGAACGAUGUCGGAAGUGACAAUAGUGAUGCAGGAAGUAGUCAUCACGAAGGGGUAAGCAAACGAAAGGCUAAACAGGACUUCCGCACCCCCUUCGAAGGCAUAAUGAAAAAAUUGGAGAACCUAACAGAGGAUUACAAAAAGGACGUUCUCAAGAUAUACAAGCAGCACGAUGUAAAGGUGUACUUGUACAUGCUACUCUCCUUUAUACUAAAAGAAAGCAGAAAUUAUAAUAUGUUUUACUCAAUUAAAAAUCACCUUAGUCUUCUAAAAGACGACAUGAUAGCUAUCCUCAUCGUGUUCGCAAAAAUCAUUUUGAAAAAACUGUACGUAGCAAUUAGCACCGAAAUGAAGACCUUAUCCAUGGGAAACUUCCCUCAAAACGAAUUGAACAAAGAAAUACAAAAGAAUAUUUUAUUGUUCUACAAGCAGAUUUACAACUUUGAAAAACUCCUUUAUGUGUUGUACAAAAAGGAUGUGCACGAAUCCUUUAAUCGAGUUUUUUCAAUGUUUAUUCAAGUGACCAAUAAUAUGGAUUUAAGACUUCGCGAUGAUAACUUCGUUGUGCUGUUGGUCGAAAUGGCUUUAUACCUAGACAAGUACAACCUCUGUCAGCCUGAGCAGAAGAGCAGCUUUGACGAAGCUGUGACGCACAUGCACAAUUUGGUGAACAGCAAAUGUGACGGGUUGAACCUCGGAGGAUGCAAAAGCGUCGAUGAGUUUCUAGGCCCCAUUGGAUCCUACCAGUGUGCAGUAGUGGAGGGUCAACAAGGUUCCAAUGCGACGAAUGGAGGAAGUACAGGGAAAGAAAUCAACCCAGAAGCGUACCACAUCCCGAAUGUCCAAAAUAGGAGCACCACCAUUUUUGACAUCAAUGGUGCAGAGAAUAAGGACAGGGACAUCCAGUUAACCAACAGGGGGUAUUACAUUGCCGCCCUUAGUGUUCUAAAGUACUCAUACAAUUAUCGCAUCCGCAUGACGGAGAAGGAGAAUGAAGAGAAGAAAGUGAAACCCAUUCUAAACAACGACUACAUAAAUGUUCUUGUCCUGAUGAUUUACCUCAACAACGUGAUCGGAAAUUUCACUAAUUUUUCAGGUCUAAUUGAUAAGCUCAACAUAAAGAACAUCCAGUUAAUCACGUACUCACCCAUUUUGUUCAUACACACAUAUGGCUAUUCCUACUUUAAAUAUGCUGAGAAUUUGCUAAAAAAUAUUUUGAACUAUUACAAUGUACAGCAGGGAAAUCUGAAGAGCUCAAUCUCCAAGUGCUUUCAAAAUAAUUCUGUGUUUAAGGUGAACGAAAUUGUAAAUGCAUAUUUUUUGAAUUCCUCGAAUAUCAUUUUUUAUUUUAUUAAGUUGUUAUACAUUUAUAAGAAGCAGCUGGAGGCAGCGAGGGGUGGUUUCCACUUCAACAUGUUUGGAAGUGUGCAAAAGGACUACGCGAUUCAUAAUGAGUACUGCACGAAGUUUCCCCCCAUGAAGGAAAUUUCCAAUGGAAAGAUCAGAAGUGAUAAACCAAGUGGAACGAAGAAGUCGGUAAAAGGAGAAACAGCAGGUGCUAAGAAGGAGGCCACCAACGCCAGCAGCACGAAGGGAGUUCCUAACAAUGAUGGUCAUAGCAACGCCUCCAUGAGCAACCUACCCAUUAGUAACGAAUUCUUGAAUAUGCUAAAACGAUUAAAUGAAGACAUACUGCAGGAGGAGCAGGACUUUAAGAGCAACUACUCCAAGUUGAUGUUAGACAAGUUUAACUUCCUCACGAUAGACAACCAAACCAUUCUAAUAAAAUAUAACGUGCCCUCUUUCCGGUUCACCCUGUACAAAUCAUAUGACAGCUUUUUUUACAAUCACAUUCUGUACGAGACUUUGAACCCGCUGGAAGAGUUUCAAUUCCUCAAGGACAUUAAAAUUUUAAACACAACCGAAGCGAAUAGUGUUAAUCUACUUAAAGACAUAAAGACGGUGUACCCAAUGAUAUUGCUGUCCAACUUUUACAAUUUAAAGGGUAGCGUUUAUAUAACUAGCCAUGAAAAUAUACUUGGUUGUAAAAACAUGGGGGAUGUCCUUCACCAUAGUGAUAAAAGCGUUUCACAGGAAUGUGCGCAGAGUAUCAAUGAAGUGCCUUUUGACAAAAUCAAAGAGCAUGCGAGCUACAGCAUCAGCGACCAUGAAAUUAACUUCUUCAUAAGCAACAACAUUUAUGUAAGCUUCGAUAAGGAUAAUUACAACUACCACAAUAAGUAUAUCUUCAAAUCGAACAAACCCACUUUCCAAUUUAAUCAGAAUUCCCUCUCUUCGCCUUUCAACAUUUGCCUAACCGAGCUGUUCAACUACCCCAUCCAAACGCUCUAUCUAAAUGCAGUUAUUCUAAAUACAGUCAUGUAUUUGUUUCAUAAAUCCUUUUAUUACUUCACCAUCACGGAUGAAGCUAAGAAGAUGAAAAUGAUUAGUAAGGCCAAAUGUGCCUUCCUCUAUCUAACCUAUAUUGUCUCCUAUUAUCAAUUAACAGAGGGAAUAACCAAUGCGGACAUUCUUUAUAUGCAAAAGGAAUUAGAUGACUUCACCGCAGAGGCAGACAUGUCCCAUCUGAAGAGAGAAAACGACCAUGUGAAGAAUAAUAAGGGGGCAAUUCCCAACCAAAUUACCCCAUCAGUCGAAUGUGCUAUGCGUAAUGAUAAAAAGACAACGGGUAAAAAUUACAUCCCAAUAGAUCCCGUCUUCAAAAAGAAAUAUGGACAAGAUGUUUUCAAAAGGUAUGAAAUUAUACAGGCCGCGUACCACAAUGACAUGUAUAGCAAAACCGCCGCCCUGCAUUAUAAAAGUCUAUUACUAAAUUUAAAUAUGUACAUAAGAAUCCUUGCUGGAGAUAGUAACGUGCAGGAAUUCACCAACAAGCUACAAUUCUUGGACAACAUAAUUUACCUCAAUAUUUCCAACGAAUUAAAUGUCUUCAAGCAAAUUUUAGAAAACGAUGACACGUACCAGAUUAUAAACAUGUCCUGUUUGUUCAAGCAGUACAACUAUCUUGUGCACAACAUUACCGUCUUGACCUUAAUAAUUCAGUCCAUUUACAAUCAUGGUAGGAAGAAUGUUUGCAGUGAGAAUAACAUGCUUAUCAAAAGUUACCUCAUGAAGAAGGUUGCAUUAUUGUGCGACGUGAAUAAAAACUUGCUUUCUCUUUCUGAUGUGCUAGACAAUUACAAGCCUGUGAAAGCAUCUGAGGUUUUGGAAAAGUUCGAACUCGAGUUAGCUGGCGAAAUCGCCGCCUCAUGCAAGCAGCAUGUUUUGAAUUUGUACAAUUUGUUUAACGGCAAGAUGCUCAUUAUCAAGUCAUACUUGUGA